AUGCCACCCCAGCUAUUACCGGCCUCGGCCGCCGCCUUCGCGCCUCGCGCCUCCUCGGUGAACGUCGUGCUUGGAUCCAAGGUAGAGCCGUGGUUGACACAGACUCUGAAGCGCAUCAACAAGAUCAAGCGUCCGCUCAACAGCGUACCGCAACACCAAAGAUGCCUCACCGAGACGCUAUCGUCCCCAAACGCCAUCUGGAACCUGGCCUCUCUGCUGCUCCCCAAGGCACCCGAUGCGGAGCUGAGGAGGGACCCCAACCCGCUGAUCGAGGCCGUCCUCAACUACGAGCUCAACCACCUUGAGGCCUACAUCGUGCACGUCGAUAUGGUGCUGAGGAAUGAGGUUGCCUACAAGCUGACACCCGAGACGAUCGAGUCGCUCAUCGAGUACCACAAGGACAUCCACUGCGUCGACGCCAAGGCCAACACCUACGACUGGUCCGAGAAGGAGCAGCAGUGCAAGAAGCUACACGAGAAUUUCGUCCAGGCCAUCAAUAAGUUCGUCUACAGGACCCACGUGUCGGCGCUCGAAGGGCUGGAGGAGGAUGGUGCCGGAGAGCUGCUCGGAGGGAGGAGCGAGGAAGUCAAGAACAGCAUCAUGGGUCUUUUCAAGCCGCUGCUGCCGCCGCCGCCGAGGAUUGUGGACGUCGUCCGCCAACCACCGCUCCUGCCUAGCUCGCCUGCCGGCGCGGCUAUCUGGUCCCAGCCUUCGCCGCCGGCCACGAUGCCCGCCCCGGUCGAGUCCUGGAAGAUCCUGCCGUCGAGCCCCGGCGUAACCUCAACUUCGGCCGAUUCGACUGGAUCGAUCUGGGUACCCAUGGGGAUGAGUGAGGUGCAACUGCCGUCGCCCCCGCCAGCCUUCAGCCAACCAUAUUCGACCGCGGGCAUGUACUACAGCGCACCCCUCGUUACCGCACCUGUCCCGCAGCUCCCGCUCCCAAGCAUGCUUGCGCCUCAGUGUGGCAUCACCGUGGGUUACAACUCGUUCGGCGGCUGGGAUACCCGCUACCAGGAAUACGCGGCGACCAUGUGA